GGUUGGUGGUCGCGCGGGGCAGCGGCGCGCGAGCCAUGGCGGGCCGGCCGCUGUACCACGUGACGCCGCGGCGCCCCCUCCGCGCGCAGGCGGCGGCGGGCGGCGACGCGGCGGAAGCGUCGGGCGCUGAUCCCGCCCCGCGGCGGGAAGUGAGGUUCGCGGAGCCGCCCCCGCCGCGGGAAGGCGGCAGCUUCAGUCCUACGCGGCGCGGAGAGGCGGCGGCGGGCGGCCGGAGCCGGAGCAGGGGCCGGCGGCGGCGGCGGCGCGGCGGCGGGGCGGCAGCGGGCAGGAUGGUGGGGGGCAGCGAUGGGCAGGGUCCCCCGGACGCCACCGAGCUGAAGCGUAGGCGGAAGAGCCCCCGGUUGUCGGCGGCGCGGGCGGAGGAGGCCGAGGCGGAGGCCGCGGUCGAGCCCGGCCCCGGAGGGGCGCUGGAGGGAGACGAGAGUCACUUUGGGAAUCCAGACUCCUUGACUCGACCCCCUAUAAAAGCAUGUAGAUCGGCAGGCAGUUCUUCAAUUUACUUUCUUCAAGAGAAUCCAAUAAAGGAAAAAGCAAAGGCUUAUGACAGUAACGAACCCGAGAAACCAGCAGCGCAUCAACCAAACGUUUAUACACCGUUAAAAGAAAGAAAGGCUGACUUCCUUGAGAAAAAUCAAGAGCACCACUCAACUACAUCACAGAGCAGAACUAAAUUUCGAGAUCAGCCCAGUAUAGGGAAGCAGUCACAGCCUUUGGCCACAAUAGAUGAUGGUGAAUCGCAGAGUGGAUUUCACAAAAGCUGGACUUUGUUACUGGUUCUGUUAAUUAGCGUCCCAUUGCUUUAUGUCCUGUGGAGUGGAAUACCAAGUCUUCUAGAUGGAACUUUGUCAAGUAGAGAUACUCAAAUUUUGGAAGCGUUUCGGGCUCGGAUGAAGAAACUAAAAAAUACUUACCAAAGUCAGGACCCCAAUCUGUGGAAAAGAACCCAUGUGUUCCUUGAGAAACAUCUUAAUGCUUCCCAUCUGCAUUUGGAGCCGGCCAUCUUACUGUUCACAGCUGGCCAAGAAGCUGAGAAAGCGCUGAGGUGCCUAAGUAAUGAGAUUGCUGAUGCUUUUGCCUUCUCCCAGAAUGCUACUACAAUCAAAAUUAAUGGGGCAGACAAAGCCAUAUUGGAUAGUGACAUUGUCAAGCUGGAGGUAGAUAAUGAGCUCAGUUCUGGGUUCAGAGAAGGCAAGAAGGUAGCAGUGGUGCAUCGAUUUGAGUUACUGCCUGCAGGCUCCACCUUAAUCUUUUACAAGUACUGUGACCAUGAAAAUGCAGCAUUUAAGGAUGUGGCUCUUCUGCUGACAGUUCUCCUGGAUGAGCAGUCCCUAAGGAAGAGCCUCACAUUGCAAGAAGUUGAGGAGAAAGUCCGGGAUUUCCUCUGGGCGAAGUUUACCAGUUCAGAUGUUCCUAGUACUUACAACAGCAUGGACACAGAUAAGCUGAGUGGACUGUGGAGCCGUAUAUCUCAUCUUGUGUUGCCUGUUUGGCCUGAAAAAGGCCUCCCUGUGGAGGGAUGCACGUAAAAGUUACUGGAGAGGACUUGGGAAAGGAAGAUGACAGAAAAUGUAUGUUGCAAUGGCUGAACAGGGAAGAACUUACUGUGGCUGCUGAGCUCAGGCAGCAUACAGUCCUUUCUGUGCAGAGAAAUUCCGCCAGCUGCCAGGGUUGUUUCUGCUAAAGUAAUUGGGACUUCUCUAAAUCAACUGCAGAAUGUAAGCAAGGAACUUGCUGGUUGUUGGUAAGUUGUGUUCAGUGACUUAUUCAGGCUUGGUGUCCUGGAGCUGGAAGUAAGUGUCCACUAGUGCAGAAUCACGCAUCUGCUUCUGAAGCUGUCUUGGUGCGCUAUUGGCUUUGUUAUGAGGAUCCUUUUCUGGUGGUGCAUAAAGCUGGUAUUGCGUUUGACAAGGUAAUAGGAUGCAAAAACAUCACCUUCAUCUGCCAGAAUUGCUUACUUCUAACAUAAGAAAAAACAUAAACUGAAAAAGAUAAUAAGGUGAUUUGAGUCUAAGCACAAGCUUUUUCUUGAUCCAUCUGAUCACAACAUAGAUCUUGGCUGUCUCUGGUGACUUCUAGAAAUGGCUAAAUUGCUUGAAAGAUUUGUGUCUUGUAGACAACCUUUCAGCAAGCAUUUCUUCCUUAAAUGAGCCUGCCCCAGAGAGUUCUCGAGAGUGAGAAAAGCCAAGGUACAAAGGAUUGCUUAAUGUUAGUUGUGCUGAUGUCAGUUAAAUAAUCCCUCAGCACCUCUUUGCCUUGCUGCUUCCAGGAAUUCUCUGCUCUUUGUCAAAGUUCUGCAAGUCUUAAAAUUUGGGGGGAAAUGAUAAAAUGUCAGCUCUGUGUGUGUACUAUCUCCUUUCCAAACAAAACAUUAGGAAGACAUAGGUUAUUUCUCAUUUUAAUAAGAUAAUUAUUUUUGCAUCAAGAGAUUAUAUUUAUUUGUGGUACUACUUGGUAUCCUAGAAAAAUAACCUUUCUUUGUGUGUCUGCAUAUAACCUGCUGCUUGCUGUAUAAGCUUCUAGUGAAGAACAGAUUUGCAAUGCAUGUUUUUAAAAUACAUUUUUUUCUAGCAUGCCUCAUGCUGAGAAUCCCUUACAGCAGACUAAAAACAUAUACUUGUUUCUAUUGUAAGUAUUUUGUGUAAUAAAAAAAAAAAAAAGAGAAUUGCAGCACUUCCAUUUCAUUGCUGUUACCGUAUGCUCUUGAACUAUUGGUCCGUGUGCAUUUGGUUUUAUUGCAUAUGAAGGAACGUGUGAAGACUGCUCUCAAAUUAAUAGGACGUUUUCUUAUAACAGCUGAGAGAUUAGCGGCUCUUGGACCCAUCCUUUAUUCACAAGCCCCUUGAGCUGUCCUGUUGCAAAAAGUCCUUCUUAACCAGGAAAACCUCUCGAGGUGCUGGAGCUUCUGGCUUUCUACAAGCAAAGGUUUGGGGUGUUAAGUGGAAUGGACCAAAAUCACCUUAAGCAUAUAGAAGAACACAGUAUGAGAAACACAGAGCUGUGGUCGCUUAAACCAGAGGUGGAUUUGUUCUAACCACUGAGGGCCAGCAAAGGGUAGUGCUUUUUAUUUUAAUGGGAAGAAAUAUGAACAGUAAAAAGACAUGGAAGUGCUGCUGUUCUGGAUGUUUAAGGAUAGCUCAGGAAGGAAAAGAUGGCAUUUACAUUUUGGACAUUUCACUGGACAAAUGUUUUUUGAAAAAACAACUGUGACUUAUUUCCAGGUGUGUCCUGAUAGCAUAUUUGUUUGUAUAUUAUGUAAACUAUUUUAGUAAUCAUUAAAAAUAAAUAUACUUGUUUGUUUUAUAA